AUGAGCUCUAUUAAGCUUCAAAGGGGUCGCUCCUAUUCAACUCCGAGCAAUGCAUCUCAAACUUCUUCAUCCUUUAUGUUCUCACCAAAGAGGCUGAUAUGGGUGAUUGUUCUCUUAUGCUUAUGCAUCAUCACAAUGAACUUUAAAUACGCCAUACAAAAUGCUUCCAAAAAGAAGAAUCUAGAGUCACAAUCGGCAGCCGUUGGUGGCCUGUUUUCUUCACUGUCCUUAACAUCAUCCAAAACAAUAUCUACUGCUUCCGAGUCAGCAUUGCUAUCAUCCGACCAACAUUCUCGGUUACUUCCAUCACGAUCCGUCAACUCCCAGCUCAGUCAGCAACAAAGUGGUCCAUUUGGGGACAAAGGUUCCUCAGUAUCCAAUGCCAUACGGAAGGGUGAACGAAAUGCACCCAGAACACUGAUUGGAAUCAUUUCCAGUGAUUCGUUCAACGAUUGCACUUAUCGGAAACGACAUAGAACCAUGUUUGAAAUAUGGAAUGACACAAGAGUAUGUUCACUGAACGAGGUUACACCCGAUUGCCAAGUGGUCUAUACCUUUAUAUUAGGAGCCGGGAAUUCCUCCGCACCCACCCAAUUGGUCAAUGAUUCUUGGCCAUUGUUAGUCGAAAAACCAAUUGCAACCAAGCACGACGAUGUCAAUGCUCCCGACACAUCAUUACUGAAUAUCCGGGAAAAUAUGAAUGACGGAAAAUCAGAAUCCUUUGUCUACUUUGCAUCCGUCAUGAUGAAAAAAUAUAAACUGGAUUAUGCCAUGAAGCUAGAUGCAGAUUCCAUCCUGCACUUGCAUGAUUUCUUGGCCUUCGCGCAUUCCAACUUGCCUCCGUAUCCCUAUUAUCAUCGGGUAUUUGCGGGUGCCUUGCGCAACAAGUAUCAUUGGCCUCGACCUGACACCAAGGAAGCCUUUAUCCAAAAGGAAGCAUACUGGCAAUUUGAAUGGGAACGAGUCCAUCUCUAUCUGGCAGGACAAAUGUAUUUGCUGAGCCGGGACUUGGCCGAAUGGGUGGUCCGAGAAGCACCGAACUGUCCUCCUAAGAAUCAUUUGGAGUUGACCAAUUUACCGUCAAGUCAACGAAAGUUUCGUGGAUACAAGGAAGGCCACGAAGAUCAUGAUCUCUCGUCCAUUGCCAUCAAAUCGCCCAAGCCAAUCACCAUGAUUACCAUUGGCAAGACCCAACGAUUUUGGGAACAUCCAGUCAAGGGACAGCCGCGAUGGGAACGCAUUGUCCGGCGAGAGACUGCCCGAAUGAAUGGACAAGCCUUUGAGGGCAAGAAACUGCGGAUAUAUUAA